GUGCACUCACCUGAGUGUAGUUGAGCUGUUGUGCGUUUGUGUCUCUGUGUUCAUGCUGUAAAAUGGCAGAAGCCAGAAUUUCUCAGGAUGAGUUCAUGUGUUCAGUGUGUCUGGAUCUCCUGAAGUAUCCAGUGACCCUUCCCUGUGGACACAGUUACUGUAAGAUCUGUAUUACAGGCUACUGGGAUCAGGAGGAUCAGAAGAGAGUCUACAGCUGCCCUCAGUGCAGACAGACCUUCAGUCCAAGACCUGCUUUAGCUAAAAACACCAUUCUGACUGAAAUGGUGGAGAAACUGAAGAAGAUUAAACUUUCUGCUGACUGUUAUGCUGGAGCUGGAGAUGUGCAGUGUGACGUCUGUACUGGAAGAAAACACAAAGCCGUCAAGUCCUGUCUGGUGUGUCUGAACUCUUACUGUCAGAAUCACCUUGAACAACAUGAGACCUUCUUUAAAGGAAAGAGACACAAUCUGACUGAAGCCACUGGACGACUGCAGGAGAUGAUCUGCCCGAAACAUGACAAGAUCCUUGAGGUUUUCUGCCGCACUGAUCAGAAGUGUAUAUGUGUGCUGUGUACGAUGUAUGAACAUAAAAACCACAACACUGUAUCAGCUGCAGCACAGAGGACAGAGAAACAGCACCAGCUGAAGGAGACGCAGAGGUCGUUCCAGCAGAGGAUCCAGCAGAGAGAGAAAGAUCUUCAGCAGCUGAGAGAGGCUGUGGAGUCUCAUAAGCGCUCUGCACAGACAGCAGUGGAGGACAGUGAGAGGAUCUUCACUGAGCUCAUCCGCUCCAUUGAGAGAAGCCGCUCUGAGGCCACACAGCGGAUCAGAGAUCAGGAAAAGACUGCAGUGAGUCGAGCUGAAGGACGACUGGAGCGACUGGAGCAGGAGAUCAAUGAUCUGAGGAGGAGAGACACUGAGCUGGAGCAGCUUUCACACACACAGGAUCACAUCCAUUUCCUGCAGAGUUUCCAGUCUCUCUCAGCUCCUCCUGAAUCUACAGACGUAAAUGACGAUCCCUUCAGUUCUCUCUUCUCUUUUGAUGUUGUGAGAGAAUCUGUCCGUCAGCUGAGAGACAAACUGGAGGAUUUCUGCAAAGAGGAGCUGAAGAAGAUCUCUGACAGAGUCACUUUCACCAACAUUGUUCCCAGAACCAGGAACGACUUCCUACAAUAUUCCCAUCAGCUCAAUCUGGAUCUGAACACAGUGAAUAAACGCCUCCGUCUGUCUGAGAGGAACAGAGUGAUUACUGUCACUGGGGCACUCCAGCCUUAUCCUGAUCAUCCAGACAGAUUUGAUGAUGUGUAUCCUCAGGUGUUGUGUAGAGAGAGAGUGUGUGGACGCUGUUACUGGGAGAUUGAGUGGAGUGGAGAUUAUGUGUAUAUAUCAGUGUCAUAUAAGAGCAUCAGCAGAAAAGGAUCGGGUAAUGAGUGUUGGUUUGGACGUAAUGAUCAGUCCUGGAGUUUGUUCUACUCUUCCUCCAGUUACUCAUUCAUACACAAUAAGAUAGAGUCUGAACUCCCAGUAAAGUCCAUCAUCAGCAGAAGAAUAGGAGUGUAUGUGGAUCACAGUGCAGGAACUCUGUCCUUCUACAGCGUCUCUGGAGACACAAUGAGCCUCAUCCACACAGUCCAGACCACAUUCACUCAACCGCUCUAUCCUGGGUUUAUUGUUGGUCCUGGAUCAUCAGUGAAACUGUGUUGA